AGCGUAUGUAAUGGAGGCUGUGUCAUACGGCUGUCGUAAUUUUUUGGCGCGGGUCAUUGUUAUGAUCAGAAGUUAUCGUUAGAUAGCAUAUUAAUGAUAAAUAUUUCAGCUUCUAUGAUGGAUUAGAAAUAGUAGAAACUUUAUACCAUUACUAUAUUGCUACGAAAUAGACUAAUCUCGCAAAAUACCCGUUUAAAAUUAUAGGGUUGAACAGAUGUAAUAAUGCAACUACGGUAACCAUGAAUAGUGAUGUGCCCAGUGUUCCUAUAACAACACUAGCAGGCAUUCACAGUCUUACUGACCUUUUACCAGAACUACCCUUGCCAACCCCAACAUCAUCCACUUCACACAAUAAAACUUUGCUUCACAAUGCCAAGCUGAAAGAGACCUCGAAGCGCUUGCUUGCAAGUCGAGAUACGGGACUGACACAACAGUUAGUGGGUGUUCUGCAUAAAACUUCAACAGAGUACUUAGAAUUGAAGGAUUCCACUAGUGAUGGAGGGAUAGAUGGAAACCCCCCAGAAUUACUGAAGGCGAUCCUAAGUCAGGAGCCUGCUACAUUUCAAGGUAGUCGACAGUGCUAUGAAAAUGGGUCACAGAAAGAUGUAUAUAAUGUGGGGAGUCAACAUUACCAGAAUAAUUUGUUAGGAGAAGAUCCUUCCAAGUUUGAACAUCCUUAUGGCAAUUACACACCAGGCAUUGUGAAUGGGGAGCAUCCGGGAUUGUCCAAUCAGUACCCAGAGUACCAGGGUCAAGGGGUCACAAAAAAUCUAGGAACAACUCAGGGAAGUUUAGCGGAGAACUUGUUCCAUGGUGAAACUGAGAACCACGGAGUCCACAGCUCUCAUCACAAAAAAAGACUCAAGAACUCGGAACCAGUUGUUCUCUUGGAACCACUCAAUAACUUACCACCACAUGCAUCGGGAGAUGCGUCGAGUUCAGCAUCUACAGAAUCCUAUGGUGGAGAGAAAAAGAAGUUCAAGGGUUCCCACCCAGUGGUGCUUCUAGAACCGCUGGAUAAGCAAGUACUUCGUAGACAUACAAGGAGCAAGACAUUGAAAUCAAUUCAGCAUGGAGGCUCAGUGAAAACUAAGGAGGACAAGAAGAGAGGAAGAAGACAUCAUGACAGUGGUGAUGAUUAUGAUGACAGACAUGGAAAGCGAAGACGUCGCCACAGUGACAGUGAUGCAGACUCCCCACCAGAUGUGGCAAGAAAAAAGAAGAAGGACAAGCGCCACAGACGCGUCAAUCAGCAGGCCCUGUCUGUGGAGGAAUUACUGGAGAGUCCGACCUUCAAAAAGUUCAGCAGCUCUAUGGAAUAUGUCUUGGAAGCAUCAGAAGACACUAACUUUGGAUCAUUGGAUCUUAAUGAUGAAGAAGUGGAGUGCCCAAGGGAAAGUCUUAUUGCUAACAACAUUCUGACUGAUCUCUGUGGAGAAACAGCCAAACUGAAGUCUUUAGGUGUCAUGAACCAGGUACCUGCUGACAGACUAGUCAAGUUGUUGACAAUAUUGCAGUGGAAUAUACGAGAUGGAACGAAAGUUACACCUGUAGCCAACCAAGGACAGGAUGAGGAUGAAGAGGAACAGAGACUCUGGAGAAGUCUGAUCAUGGAGCGGAUCAUGAGAAGCAUGAACUCAGCCCUCAUUGCCCUCUAUAUCAUGACCUCGCCGAAAAUGCCUAAACAGGUCUAUCUGGAGGAUGUCAUCGAGCGGAUCAUCCUGUUUGGGAAAUUCCAGCUGCAGAAUACAAUAUUUCCAGAAUUUGAUCCAGUCUAUAAAAUUGAUCCUAAAGCAAAAGAUGGUUACCAUGGUAGUCUGAAGGCCAAGAGAGCAAGAGCCACACAAGUUAAACACAAAUCCACCAUCAACAUGUUUAACAAAAUCUCGGACAUGAUUGAAAAGUUGUCUGAACUUGUGGACAUCCAGGAGCUGACUGACACGACCAUUCUACAGUUGUCAACAUUGGGUGUCUCACCUUUCUUCGUGGAAAACAUCAGUGAAAUGCAGCUAAAUUCCAUGAAGCUCGUUACCACAAUUUUUUCAAAGUAUGAGAAACAUCGCCAGUUAAUACUUGAAGAUAUUUUUGCUAGUUUAGCUAGACUACCAUCAAGUAAAAGAAAUUUGAGGAAUUACAGGUUGAACUCUGAGGAGUCCAUUCAGAUGGUGACCGCACUGGCUCUACAGCUGAUUCAGUGCGUUAUCAAACUUCCAAGCAGCUUUACAUCAACAGAAAAUGAGGAGGAGGUACCCUCAACCUCUUCAUCUAGAAAGGGCCAAAAAUCAAAAUCAGCACAGAAUUCCAAUGAUGUUGUCAUAGUAACCUCCUUUGAGAAAGCCUUAAGAACAGGCUACAAUUUCCUCACAGUAUUCUUGCAAAAGUGCACUAUGAAAGGUGAGGAGGAUUACAGACCAAUGUUCGAGAACUUUGUCCAGGAUCUCUUGUCCACUGUGAACAAACCCGAGUGGCCGUCCUCAGAGCUGCUUCUUAGUUUGCUGGGAAAAAUUCUAGUGAAACAGUUCAGCACUAAGUCGGUGGAUAUGUCUCUCAGGGUAGCUUCUCUCGAUUAUCUCGGCAUUGUUGCAUCCAGGUUACGGAAGGAUGCUGUGUCCAGUCAUGACAACCCGGAGUCCAUUGAUGAAAUCGUUACAAAAGUGACCUCAAAAGAAAGUGAUGACGAAGAGAUGCAUGAAGAUGUCAAGUCCUCGGCAUCAGGGCCAGAAGCUGAGGAUCAAACCCAGAUCUUACAGAAAGCCAUGUUGGAUUACUUAGCAUAUAAUAGUCAGAGUGAACCAGCGUAUUGGUACGCCCAUCUGUUCUACAUUGCUCAGUGGUAUAGGGAUAUUACGGUUGAGGCCGAUGGUUUGGCCAAAAAUUCAGCAAAACAGAAGACGGAUGAAGAGGAGGACAGGGCGGGUGAAGCUAUGCAGAACGCUGAACAGAAAAAGACAUUCUUACUGGCACAGUAUGAGUCCAUCAACAGAAAUGCUUCCUACAGACCACCACUUUCCAAAUUGGAUUAUGACGGUGCAUGUCUUGUUGCAAGAUACCUGUCAUCCAAAAGGCCAUUUGCCCAGAGCUUUGAUGUGUACUUAACACAGAUUUUGAGGGUGCUUAAUGAAUCUGCUGUAGCAGUGAGAACCAAGGCUAUGAAGUGUUUAACUGCGGUGGUAGAGGCUGAUCCCGGCAUUCUAGCAAGGGCCGACAUGCAGAAGGGUGUUCAUUAUCGCUUCCUUGAUUCGUCAACCUCUGUCCGAGAGGCGGCGGUGGAGUUGGUGGGAAGAUUUAUUCUUAUCCGUCCAGAACUUAUUUCUCAAUACUAUGAUAUGCUCUCGGUCCGUAUCCUGGACACUGGUAUAAGUGUUAGAAAGCGGGUCAUCAAAAUUUUUCGUGAUAUUUGUUUGGAACACACAGACUUCACCAAGAUUCCAGAAAUGUGUGUGAAAAUGAUCCGACGAGUCAAUGAUGAGGAAGGUAUCAAGAAACUGGUAAAUGAAGUGUUUCAGAGCAUGUGGUUUUCACCAAUCAACAGCCGAGAGAAAGAUACCAACAAACUCCUAACAAGGGUGCUCAACAUCACGGAUGUUGUGGCAGCUUGUCGAGAUACAGGAUUUGAAUUCUUUGAACAAAUGUUAGAAAAUUUACUUAAAAAAGAUGAGGAAGGGAACAUAAACAAGAGUGCUCUGACAGCGUGUAGACAGAUUGUGGACUGUUUGGUGGAGAACGUAUUGAGAUUAGAGGAGAAGAGUGUAGACACAGAGACGGGAGGAGGAAGCAGUCAAAGACUGGUGGCCUGUCUGUCCACUCUUCAUCUUUUCAGUAAGAUCAAACCCGACCUAAUGGUGAAGCAUGCCACCACACUACAACCGUACUUGGACAUCAAGUGCAGUACUCAGGGUGACCACUUUGUGCUUCACUAUGUGGCACGGAUCCUGGAGAUGGUGGUGCCUUUGAUGGACCACCCCAGUGAAACAUUCCUGGCCCAGCUCGAGGAAGACAUGAUGAAGCUCAUUCUUAAGCAUGGCAUGAUGGUUGUGGAGAGUUGUAUUAGCUGUCUUGGAGCUGUGGUCAACUGUGUCAGUCACAACUUUCCACUGGUCAAGGACUGUUUUGAAAAAUUCUUCGGUGUCCUAGUGAAGCUCUGUAUGGACCAUAAAGAGGACCCCGAGAAUCCCCAGCUGAAGGCGCGGAAACCCACCCUGCUACGGUCCCUCUUUACAGUGGGUCUGCUCUGUAAAUACUUUGACUUGGACAGGGACAUACAGGACAUACCAGCUGAUGAGACCAUCAGGGAGCGGGUUUUCCAAGUCCUGAUGCAUUUUAUUAUGCAUGAAGAUGAACUUGUGAGAGAAAAAGGACUCUGUGGACUUGGGUUUAUGGCAAUUCGUCACUAUGACCUCAUGUUGGGGAAGGAUAUGAGGGACUUGUACUAUGAAUACCUGGGAGAUGAGGAUUCUUCGGAUAGACUCAGGAUACAGGUGUUGAAAAACCUUCAGAACUAUUUACUGGAAGAGGAAGUCCGGAUGCACAAAGCUGAUGCAGAUUGGAGGAAGCAUGCUAAAGAAGAGGAUCUCAAAGAAAUGGGAGACAUUCAGUCAGGGAUGGCCAGCACCAUUAUGCAGGUUUACCUGAAGCAUGUUCUGGACUCGUUUUUCCACACCCAUUCCCAGGUCAGGCUGGCCGCGUUACAGGUCGUGGUUCUGGUGCUACAACAGGGCUUGGUCCACCCAGUGCAGUGUGUGCCCUAUUUGAUCAGUAUGUGUACAGAUACAGAGAAAGCUAUUAGAGUGAAGGCAGACCAACAGCUGCAGGAAAUAGACAAGAAAUAUCCAGGAUUUAUUCACAUGAAGGCCUUACAGGGUCUGAAGAUGUCCUAUAAACUACAGCAGUUGUUACAAUCAAACAGUACAAGCUGUGUGAUCCGGGGUCACAGGGACAAUGAGGGAAACAUGAUCAGCCUCAACAACUUCCUGUACACUGUCUUACGCAGCAAUCGUUCUCACAGGCGUGCCAUACUUCUCUCCCUGCUUAACCUCUUUGAUGACUCCGCAAAAAUCUCAUUAGCUGAACAGCUUUACAUAGCCGACAAUUUAGCCUUCUUCCCAUAUCAGACUCAGGACGAGCCGUUAUUUAUAAUAAACCAGAUCGACAUCAUUGUGUCAGUGUCAGGUUCCAACAUUCUCCAGUCCUUCAGAGAGCGUUUACGUUUGUCAAAUACAGAAGCACCACGCAUGAACAUGGUUGCCAAUGUGGAGGGGGAAAAUGAAAAGGAGAAUGGAUCAUUACCACAUUCUGUUAUUGAGGAUGAAGAUGAGGAUGAUCCAGACAAACUCAUGGAGAAACUUCCAGAAGAUAUUCAACCAUUGUUAGAUAUAUGUUACUUAGCACAAGGAUGCAUACUUCUCCUACACCUUAAACACCACUUGAAGGAGACGUAUGGAUUUUCUGACAGCAAAAUCCAUAACUACUCACAAACGGAUGCAAAAACUUACGAUAAACCAGUGCAAAGAAAAUUCAUAGUGACGUUUAAUCCUGAGACUGUGAUAACUUUGUUAGAUAAUAAAACUAAAAAUAGGACCGUGAAUAAAAGAUCUAGGAGGUCACAAAAACGGCAUCGUAAUGAUUCAGGGGAGGUAACUAGUGACAGUGACGGUUCUAGUGAUGAGGAAGAUGAAGAGGAGAGUAGUGAUGAUCAGAAACAAAGACGCAAACUCAUUGACGAAUAUCUAGAGUUUAAAGAUCUGAUGUUGAGUAUAGACCCCCCUGAUGAAGAGGAGGAGGGGGAAGAGAAUCGCAGCACUGGUCGUCAGACCCCCAACCCAGCCCACGGGCAGACCACUCAAGGCAGCAAAUCACCCCGACUACCAAAUCCCGACGGAACGGGGGAAGAACCCACGGAGAUGUCGGUAGAAGUCCAUGAGGAGAUGACAGAACGGCGAGUCCCUCCCAUCACUAUUAGAACAACACAUCACAGUCACCACACACCGAAAACCUCCUCUCGUCAUCACCAUCUCUUUACUUCAGACAAAAAGAAAAUUCCAGUUCACUCAUCAACUUCAUCGUCUUCUUCCAAAAACUUAUCAAAAUCAUUUUCCAAGUCUAUAUCCAGUAAAAAGAAGCCAAAGAAACGUCGGAAACGUUACGGCAGCGACAGCGAGGAUGACAGUGACGAUAGCGACUUCGUGUUAUAGCUGUAUGUCUGUCAGUGCUGACACAGUGUGGUAAUAACAGCAGUUCUCUAUGGCAGCGAUAGCGAGGACGAUAAUGUCGAUCAAAACUUUGUGUUAUAGCUGGUGUGUGCGUGUCUGUCCGUGCAGAUGUAGUGUGGUGAUACAGCAGUUCGUGAUCAAUCUCUGGAUUCGCAACGACACUCCCUCAGUUACAGGAGACAACAACAACCACCCACCCCCCAAACCCCCAACCCCCUCAUCCCGAAAAACCUCCAAUGCUGCCGCAUCCAAAAAUAAGGCUGGUGCCAAAUUCACAUGACAACGUGAUUGGUUGUGACAUUUGUCAGUUUCUUUAAGUGCAAUAUCAGCUUUUAUUGAAUCUUCAGAUGAACAAUAUAACUCACAUACAUGACAUUUCAUCAACAACACUACUCUUCUCAAAGCUUUUAGGAACUGGGCAUUUACAAUUACCAGUAUUAUUUUUUUAAGAGAUAGAUUUGCCGUUACAAUGACAUUAGCUAAUUGGAUCUGAACAAAUCAGUUUUCUAAUAAAAAUUUGAUUGUGGAAGUGUUUGCUACAGAGAAGUACGAAUUUUAUAUGUAGAAUGUGACAUUCCUGGUGCACAAUAUGAGCUGGGUAUCAGGAUUUUUAUGUGCAAUUUUUUUCUUCCUUUGAUAUCUGAGCUGUAUCAACUUUGCUAAAUUUUAAAAAUAAAAAUGCAUAAUUUCAUAUCCAAUUGUGCAUGCUGUAAAGUUAUUUCACAAGUUUACUUUGAUUUCAAUGAUUUAUAAUAAGAGUAAAUAUGGUAAAAAAAAUCAUACGCAUAUUAUGGCAAGUUUUGCACAUAAUUGACGAAAACACUGGUGACCCAGUGAACUAUUGUUAUGUAUAAGAAGUUGAUUAAUUAUACCUGUGUUCUCAGGUAAAGCUAAUUCAUUCCACUCGGACCCCUAUUCUGUUGAGAGUGACUUUAAUGAACAGUACACUAUAGAAUUCUGUGUACAAUAUUGGAUGCAUAUGUAAAAUCCUGAUAUACAGUAUAUUGUUAGAAAUAUGUAAACAUUACUGUAAGGGGGGGGGGGGGGGGGGGGGGGCACUUUACAUGAAAAGUUUGUUUUAAUCUGGUAUAGCAUAAAUUACUACCACUCAUCAGGGCGAUGAAAUGUAGGUUAUCUUAUGUCCAGUUCCAAUCAAUUGAGAAUGACUGUACACGUGAAUUGUUUGGGAUCUUUUUGUAUGAUGACUUUGCUUUUGAUGCCACAAAUCAAAUAACAGUAUAAAGAUUUCUGCAAUGAAAUGAGUUUUGAUCAGAUUCUGUAAUUACUCUUUACAGUGUUAUGAUGAUGAAAUACAUGUACAUGUAUUGAUAAUUUUAUGUCUUAGAAAUUUUUAGUGAGAGAUUUUUUAUGAAAAAAUACUUGAAUCAAAUUGUGGAUGCUUGACUGAUGGUAUGGAACAUGUCCAAUGUUUUACGAGACCGACAUCGUUUUAUUCAGACUGAACUGCUGUUUUACCAGUACUUUUAUAUGUCAGCUGUUUUUAUGUCUUUCUCGUCAUUUCUCAGAUAUUUAUUUUCUUUGUUCAUCUGUUGAUAGUCAUCUGUUCCAUGUCAUCUUAUUUUUCAUGAAAACUACAAAUUGAAAAAAUAUAAAUUUUGCAGAAUUAAACUUUUGAAAACUGA